AGCAGAGGCCAGGAUGCAGAGCUGGUGGGGCGGGUCCCGGUGCAUCCGCAGGGCCCUGGUCUUCGUGUUCGCGUGGGGCCUCAUCGUGAUCGCGGCUGUGCAGUUCCGCCACGCGGAGCGCGCCUCCUUCAGAGAGGCGCCCGAGGCGGCCGAGGCGGCCGAGGCGGCCGAGUCGGCGGCCGGCUACCGGGGCGCCGCCCUGGGCUCCUCCAGGUUCCUCCUGCAGAGGGCCGUCGACGCCGCCGGCUCGGGGCCGUUCUCCACGACGACCGAGGGCGUCGCCCCGGAGCCGCGGGUGGACCGCCGGCCCGCCAAGACCGAGGAGGAGCUCGUCGCCGAGAUCGAGUCCAGGCUGCCCAGCCUGCCGCUCGCCUACUGGAACAGGAACAGGAACAAGGCCAUGUUCAAGGGCAACGAUAGCUGCGCCCGGUACCCGAGCAUCUUCGACCUGGAGUUCAACAACGUCUAUUGGCAGUCGGUGCGCACCUCGAACGGCACCUUCCAGCUCUUCGGGGCGUACUACGACCGGCGCAAGCUCUCGCGCAUCGGCCCCGCCGUCAGGAUCGUGGGCAUGAUCGACCGGAUCGAGCCCCGGGUUAAGACCUACUGCCAGAUGUGGUUCGACGGCGACAAGGAGCCGCGGAUCGUCCCGGUCCUGGAGUACAAGUACAUUUGGUACUCCAAGUGGGGCAACUACAAGCAGGGCAUCUACCAGCCCUACGUGAUCGCCUGCAGGGUGCCCCCGUCCCAGUGGCGGCGGGGACCCCCGGCCUCGGUGUCCCUCGUCGAGAGCCAGUGCGACACCGCCACCAACAACCUCAGGGUCAUCUACAAUCUGCCCGAGGGCCCCGGGAAGAAGGACUUUGCCGUCUGCGUCAAGGGCCUGGACUUCCUGCACGAGGACCUCUCGGUCCGGCUCGUCGAGUGGAUCGAGCUGAUCGGGCUCCUGGGUGCCGACAAGAUCUUCUUUUACGAGCUCCAGGUUCAUCCCAACAUAAGCAAGGUCCUGCGGCACUACCGAAGGCUCGGCAAGGUCGAGGUCACCCCGCUCACCCUGCCCGGUGGACAGCCCAACGUCCCGGCCUUCCAGCACAUGUACCUCACCAAAAAGACCAACCACAAGCGCCAGAACGAGCUCAUCCCGUACAACGACUGCCUCUACAAACACAUGUACGAGUACGAGUACAUCGCCCUCCUCGACGUCGACGAAGUCAUCAUGCCCGUGCGCGACCGCACCUGGCGACAGCUCAUGGACCGCGUCGUGCCGAAGGCCCUCGCCAUCCGCAACGAGACCAGGGCCUCCUACAACGUCAGGAACGUCUACUUCCUUGACGACCUGCUGCACGCGCACGGCUCCUUCGAGGACGUGCCCAGGUACAUGCACAUGUUGCAGCACGUGUAUCGCUCCAAGAACUUCACGAAGCCCAAUCAGUACAUCAAGUGCUUCCACAACCCCGAGCGAGUGGUCACCCUACACAACCAUUUCCCCCUGGCGUGUCUCGGUGCGGGGUGCACCAGCUACCCGAUCGAGACCGAGGACGCGCAGCUGCAGCACUACCGGGCCGACUGCGUCAAGUCCCUGAAGAAGAGCUGCGUCGAGUACCGGGAGAACAGCGUCAUGGACACGACCAUAUGGCGCUACAAGGUCGAGCUGGUGGCCCGGGUCACGGAGACUCUGAAGACCCUCGGCUUCUUCGGGCCGAGCUAGCCGCGAGACCCCGCCGAUGAUAUGGCACAUCGUCGGUGGCGGUCCCCUUCGACGAGCGACUCCUCCGCGGGAUCCUGUUCAGGACUCGUCUUCGGCUCCGAGUCUCUUUCUCUCCCCUCUGGGAUCUGUCCCCCAGGGCGGACGAGAGCAAGACCGGGUUCGACUCGAGGGGGCCACGUUUAGGUGACUCCGGCUCUUCCCAGGGCGAGACUCGGCGAGUCGGUCUCAUCUUCCUCUCCCUGUGGUAAUCUACGGACGAGGAUGGAGGAGGAUCGUUUUGUAUUCGCGCGAUUACUUUCGUUCUUUCUUUCUUUCUUUUCUAUUUUUUUGCUUAACGAAUACGCGCAUUUCCAGUUGUCGACUCGUCGGGAAUUGCCAGCCCUCCUUUCCCGAGGGACGCCGCCGCCGUUCCCCAAGGAGCGAGGGCGGAAUCCUAUCGAGGGAACCGGUCUCCUUGUACCGUGAAUCCUCCAGGACCUCGCGGGAUUCAUCGUGCGACGAGCAGGGCGUUUCCUUCCCCCCUCCCGAUUUCCGGGUUCAUGGCGAACCUCGAUCGCUCUCUACGAGGCCGACCGCCUCCUUGCGGUCCCGUAUAGCGAUAAGCAUCGACGAGCGUCGCGGAUCGAACGAUCCCGAGACCCAGAGGGCGAUUGACGUUUCGCCAUGGAUGUCUACGUAUCGUAUGCUCCCCUCCCUCCCCUUCUGCAUUAUUUUAUUUUAUUCCAUUUCGUUAAUUUUGUUUCCCCGAGUGGCGAGAGACCGGACUCGUUCUGUACAGUGGAUUCGGUAGAAUCAGGUUAUUAUGCGACUAGAUAGGAGUUAUCGUAAUAAAUUCACCGCUCUUGUUCGAA